AUGUCUCUCGAAAAAGCCGAGCAAGUGGAAGAGGCAGAGCAAGUCAGCUGCGCGGUCCAAUGGGUCGAUGGCGCAGAUGCCGGUCGACUGCAACAGGGGCUGCAGAGCUCGCCACAAGGCGAAUACUCCCCGCAAACUCUGGAGGAGAAUACACACCAUCGUCCCCUCAACCGCAAAUUCAACUUCUUCGUCUUUCUAACCUGCACCAUCACCUAUCUCUUCAAUAACCUUAACCAUUCUAACUUAGGAAAUACGCAAACCGAUGGGUCCACAGCCGACCUUGGAGUGUCCGCCACUGUGUCGCUACCUACAUUCCCUUGCGGCCAGUUUCAGUGGUGA